GUCUGGAGUUGAACAUCGAAGAAAACGGCAGCAAAACCGAAAACUGCUCCUCGAGAACCGUGAACUUUUUGAAGGGACUGUGUGAGAGCAGCCAGGAAUCCAAUCAGACACACAAACACUCAAAGACAUUUACACACAUACACUGACACUGACACGCACACAACCGAAUCGGUCGCCUGUACGAACACACCCUCUCGCACACACAUGCACUCGUGUACAUAUAGCUUACAUAAAGUCUAAGGAAAAAUCGAUAGGAGUGCAUUAAUAAUUCAGCGAAAAUAGAAGAGGAAAAGGUCUCGAGCAAAAAUCUUCAAGUAGUUCGAGUUUUCCGCUUUGGCUAACGGUGAAGAAAAGUUCCGAGUCGCGUGAAAAAUAUGACUAAUCUGCAGUGACGACACACGCCGCUUACACAAUUUCUCUACACCAAUUAAUCGCUGAAAUCAAUCCAAGACGGGCAUUUUCCCACUGGCAAUUGUGAAAAAAUGGUCACCGAAAAUGGAGCUCAGGGCGAUGGAAACACUUCCUUUCUGCGCGCCGCUCGUGCCGGAAAUCUGGAGCGCGUGCUCGAGCAUUUGAAGAACAACAUUGACAUAAACACCAGCAAUGCGAAUGGCUUGAAUGCCCUGCACCUGGCCUCCAAGGAUGGACACAUCCACGUCGUCUCGGAACUCCUUCGUCGGGGAGCGAUUGUGGACAGUGCCACCAAGAAGGGAAACACCGCCCUGCACAUCGCCUCAUUGGCUGGACAGGAGGAGGUGGUGAAGCUACUGCUGGAGCACAAUGCCUCCGUGAAUGUGCAAUCCCAGAAUGGAUUCACUCCACUCUACAUGGCCGCGCAGGAGAACCACGAUGCGGUGGUGCGUCUGCUUCUGUCCAACGGAGCCAACCAGAGUCUGGCCACCGAGGAUGGCUUCACCCCACUGGCGGUGGCCAUGCAGCAGGGCCAUGACAAAGUGGUAGCUGUCCUCCUCGAGAGUGAUACUCGUGGCAAGGUCAGGCUCCCGGCACUGCACAUUGCCGCCAAAAAGGACGACGUCAAGGCAGCGACUCUGCUUCUCGAUAAUGACCACAAUCCGGACGUGACUUCCAAGUCGGGCUUCACCCCGCUGCACAUUGCUUCCCACUAUGGUAACCAGAACAUCGCCAACCUGCUCAUCCAGAAGGGCGCCGAUGUCAACUACUCGGCCAAGCACAACAUCAGUCCGCUGCAUGUGGCCGCCAAGUGGGGCAAGACCAACAUGGUGUCCCUGCUCCUGGAGAAAGGUGGCAACAUCGAGGCCAAGACCCGCGACGGACUUACUCCGCUCCAUUGCGCCGCUCGUUCCGGUCACGAGCAAGUGGUGGACAUGCUACUCGAACGUGGAGCUCCCAUCUCGGCCAAGACCAAGAAUGGCUUGGCACCCCUCCAUAUGGCCGCCCAGGGUGAGCAUGUGGAUGCUGCCCGCAUCCUACUGUACCAUCGUGCACCCGUCGAUGAGGUGACAGUGGACUAUCUGACUGCCCUUCAUGUGGCCGCCCACUGUGGUCAUGUUAGGGUGGCCAAGUUGCUACUGGAUCGAAAUGCCGAUGCCAAUGCAAGGGCAUUGAAUGGAUUCACACCACUGCACAUUGCGUGCAAGAAGAACCGCUUGAAGGUGGUGGAGCUGCUGUUGCGACAUGGUGCCAGCAUUAGUGCCACCACAGAGAGUGGACUUACGCCGCUCCAUGUGGCCGCCUUCAUGGGCUGCAUGAACAUUGUCAUCUAUCUGCUGCAGCACGACGCCAGUCCCGAUGUGCCCACUGUGCGCGGCGAGACGCCACUCCAUCUGGCCGCCAGAGCCAACCAGACCGACAUCAUUCGCAUCCUGCUGCGCAAUGGCGCCCAGGUGGACGCACGUGCUCGGGAGCAACAGACGCCGCUGCACAUCGCCUCGCGUCUAGGAAAUGUGGACAUCGUAAUGCUACUGCUGCAACAUGGCGCCCAGGUGGACGCCACCACCAAGGACAUGUACACGGCACUGCACAUCGCAGCCAAGGAGGGCCAGGAUGAGGUGGCCGCUGUGCUAAUUGAGAACGGCGCCGCCUUGGAUGCCGCCACCAAGAAGGGAUUCACGCCACUUCAUUUGACGGCCAAGUAUGGACACAUUAAGGUGGCACAGCUGCUGCUCCAAAAGGAGGCGGAUGUGGAUGCGCAGGGCAAGAACGGUGUCACUCCAUUGCAUGUGGCGUGCCACUACAACAACCAGCAGGUUGCCCUGUUGCUGCUGGAGAAGGGUGCCAGUCCACAUGCCACGGCCAAGAAUGGACACACACCGCUGCAUAUUGCCGCAAGGAAGAACCAGAUGGACAUAGCUACUACUCUAUUGGAAUAUGGCGCUUUGGCCAAUGCCGAGAGCAAGGCCGGAUUCACUCCACUGCAUUUGAGCAGCCAGGAGGGUCAUGCCGAGAUCUCCAAUCUGCUGAUCGAGCACAAGGCCGCCGUCAAUCAUCCGGCCAAGAAUGGUCUAACGCCCAUGCAUCUGUGCGCCCAGGAGGAUAAUGUGAAUGUGGCCGAGAUUCUGGAGAAGAACGGCGCCAACAUCGACAUGGCCACCAAGGCUGGCUAUACCCCAUUGCAUGUGGCCUCGCAUUUUGGCCAGGCCAACAUGGUGCGUUUCUUGCUCCAGAAUGGCGCAAAUGUGGAUGCGGCCACAUCCAUUGGCUACACUCCGCUCCAUCAGACUGCCCAGCAGGGUCAUUGUCAUAUUGUGAAUCUCCUGCUGGAGCACAAGGCCAAUGCCAAUGCCCAAACGGUCAAUGGACAGACGCCAUUGCACAUUGCGCGCAAGCUGGGCUACAUAAGUGUCCUGGACUCGUUGAAAACCAUCACUAAGGAGGAUGAGGCAGCUGCUGCUCCAGCCCAAACGGAGGAGAAGUACCGCGUGGUGGCGCCCGAGGCCAUGCACGAGUCCUUCAUGUCCGACUCCGAGGAAGAGGGCGGCGAAGACAAUAUGCUAUCAGAUCAACCAUACCGCUAUUUGACCGUUGAUGAAAUGAAAUCCCUAGGCGACGACUCGCUGCCCAUCGAUGUAACCCGUGAUGAGCGCAUGGACUCCAACCGGAUGACCCAGAGCACCGAGUACGCCUCUGGAGUUCCGCCCACCAUUGGUGAGGAGGUGAUCAGUCCACACAAGAGCCAGGUGUACGGCAGUUCACCCAAGGCCACCGUGGAUGGAGUUUACAUUGCCAAUGGAUCUGGUCUUGAUGAGCCGCCGCAUGUGGGUCGCAAGUUAAGCUGGAAGAGCUUCUUGGUGUCCUUCCUGGUGGAUGCCCGUGGAGGAGCGAUGCGCGGCUGCCGGCACAGUGGCGUCCGCAUGAUCAUACCCUCGAGGUCCACUUGUCAGCCAACCAGGGUAACCUGUCGCUAUGUGAAGCCGCAGCGCACCAUGCAUCCGCCCCAGUUGAUGGAGGGCGAGGCCUUGGCCAGUCGUGUCCUGGAGCUGGGUCCUUGCUCCACCAAGUUCAUUGGGCCCGUGGUCAUGGAGGUGCCGCACUUUGCCUCGCUGCGCGGCAAGGAGCGCGAGAUCAUCAUACUGCGAUCAGACAAUGGAGAAACAUGGCGGGAGCACACCAUCGAUAACUCCGAGGAGAUCAUACACGAUGUCCUGCAGCAGUGCUUUGAGCCAGAGGAGAUUGCCCAACUUGAGGAGCAGGCUGGCAACCAUGUGUGCAGAUUCGUCACCUAUGACUUCCCUCAGUAUUUCGCCGUUGUAUCACGCAUACGUCAGGAGGUCCAUGCCAUUGGACCGGAGGGCGGCAUGGUGUCCAGCACCGUGGUGCCACAGGUGCAGGCCGUCUUCCCACAGGGAGCCCUCACCAAGAAGAUCAAAGUUGGCUUACAGGCCCAACCGGUCGAUCCUGACCUCACGGCGAAGCUAUUGGGUCGCGGCGUGGCCGUAUCCCCAAUUGUUACGGUCGAGCCGCGUCGCCGUAAAUUCCACAAGGCCAUCACACUCAGCAUGCCCGCGCCCAAGGCUCACAGCCAGGGUAUGAUCAACCAGUACUCGGGCAAUACGCCCACCCUGCGUCUGCUAUGCUCCAUUACAGGCGGACCAUCUCGUGCUCAAUGGGAGGAUGUCACCGGUUCCACGCCCCUGACAUUUGUCAACGACUGUGUCUCCUUUACCACCACAGUAUCAGCUCGUUUCUGGCUGAUGGAUUGCCGCAACAUCUCGGAUGCCACCAAAAUGGCCACUGAACUGUACAAGGAAGUCAUCCAUGUGCCGUUCAUUGCCAAGUUUGUGGUAUUCGCCAAGAAGAUAGAACCAUUCGAAGCGAGACUCCGGGUCUUCUGCAUGACCGACGAUCGUGAGGAUAAAACCCUGGAGAAGCAUGAGCUCUACACGGAAGUGGCCAAGAGCCGUGAUGUCGAGGUCCUCGAGGGCAAGCCGCAGUUCAUCGAGAUGGCUGGCAAUCUAGUGCCUGUGACCAAAUCGGGCGACCAGCUCCAGGUGCAAUUCAAGGCCUUCCGAGAGAACCGCCUGCCGUUUACUGUACGAGUCAAGGAUCAACAUGCUGAUAUUGUUGGACGCACGUUGUUCAUGAAGGAACCCAAGGUGGCCAAGGGCGAGCCACCGCAACAGCCCAUCUGCAUUCUGAACAUCGUUCUCCCAGAGGCUGUAAUUCCCGAUUCUACAACCGCGUUUUCGGACCGCGUCACCUCCGCUUACAGGACCUCAAUGUUCAGCUUGAGCAAGCAUCAAAAUGACCAUUACAUUGGUGACAUCCGCAUCGUCGAUCUAUCCAACCUGUUGGGUAAGGAUUGGAUUCAGCUGGCCCCGGAGAUCGGCAUCAAUGGGGAGGAGAUCGAUGAGAUCAUCAACCACAACACAGAUAGCAUUGCCAGGCAGGCACAGAGCAUGAUUCGCCUAUAUAAGGACAAACCAAACUACGAUAUUCUUUCGCUGGAAACGGCACUCAAAAAUAUUGGACGAGACGACAUCAUGAAAAAGUGCAAAAGUGGACGACUAUCGCAUUCGCGUGAGUUCGAUGAGGCGGACCUAAUGAAGAACUCGGAGUCCGUGGAGGAAUUGGUUCGCAGAGAAAGCAAGCGAAUCCAGCAAAUUAACGAACGCGAAGAAGUCAAAUACUCUGCUGAGGAGAAGGAGGUCGAGGAAUCGGAGUCCGAUGAGGAAGCUGCCAAGCGAACAGUAGCGGAACGACGGGAAAAGAUUGUGAAGCGUCUGUCCAUGGAACGAUCCAUUCCUGCCUCAACCCAAAAGAAAGAGAUCACCCGCGAAAUAACCGAGAUCAAGCGAAAGAGUCUCAUCGAGGACAAGAAGGCUCACCAUGAGUCCGAAAUUCUAAUGCAACUGCCUGCCGAUAACGUGAUUAUCAAGACAACAACUGUUCCCGACCAAGUCAUUAAGAUGAAGAUGGGCAAGAUGGACUCAACCGAGAUAAGCAAGAGCGAGUUCGACAAGGAACUCACGCACAAGUUCAGGACAUCCGGGCGUAGUUCAGAGGAGGAAGACCAGCCAUCGUCUCCGGAUCAGACUGACAAGAUUGUCCAGGACAUUAGUGCUGCCGAGAAGAAGGAGAAGGAUGGCGUUACCUUCAGCCGAGUGACGACAAUAACCCGCCAAGAGGCUCGCGACAUUACCGAAGACUUCUUAGAGAUUGAGAAGCGCAGCCAACUGCCGGCUACAUCCACAAACGCAACAGUUCAUGAGAAGUUCGUUGAGGAGAUCAAGGAGAAGACCAGCCCUCUGGCUUCGGUGCCGCAAGAAACCGUCAAGGAGGUGCAGCAAGUCAUUAGCGAGGUCACCGAAAUAGCCAGCAAGAAGGUUGAAAACAUUAUUAGCUCCUUUGAGAGUACCAAGUCUGUAGAAGCUACUCCAGUUCUGCCCACACAGUUGUCUGUCGAAUCAACGAAGGUUAGCGAGACCAUUAAGAACCUGGAGGAUUCUAAGACCGUGUCCGCGGAGCAAUCGAAGACUGUCCAUGUUAUCGAGAGCUCUAGUAUCGAGGAGACAAUUGCCGAAUUCGAAGCCAAGAAGGUCAAAUAUGACUUCCAUGGCGGUGAGCCUAAGACACAGAUCCCUAAGUUCACGCGGAAGCCUAGCGAUGAUACGAUGAAGCCCACUGCAGCUCCACGUGCUACAGUUGAAUGCGAAACCGAAUCGGUCAUUGAGACUAAGGCCGAAAAACCAAUCUCAAAGAUUCCAGUCAAGACAAUACCAACCGAAGCUCAGAAGGUGGUCGAAGUAGAUGCACGUAAGAUCACUCAAGACUUCCUGCAGGGUGAGAAACUGGCAUCUGAGCCCAAACCAUCUCCAGCAGCCAGCAAGAUACCCAAGGUGGAGCCGAGAAAAUCAGUGGAUAAGCAGGUCGAACGGGAAUCAAAAAUCUUGGACGAUGUUGUUGCCUCUACGGCCACCAUUAUGACCGCUGGACUAGGUAGUGAGCAGUUCAAAGAACAAAUCGUUGAGCAUUCUGAAAUUGUCGCCAAAUCCGAGACAGUCGCGGAAAAGGUCAGCGAACUGCUAGAAACAUUCCACAAAAUCGAGGAGAAGGUCGCCAAAUCGGAGAAGACCGCGGAAAUAUCCAGCAAAGUGGAGGAGCUAGUUAAAAUCGAGGACAAACCUCUCUCACAAUUGCAGCCCAAGGAGGAUAAGGUGGCUGAAAAGGUUGCUGAAUUUAUCGAAACAUUCCACAAAAUCGAGGAGCAGAUCACCACUGCCGAUGCCCACCAGCUCACUCGUGAUUUUCUGAGCAUGGAGCAACAAACCCAAUUGCCAAGCAUGCCACAAGCUGCUGAGAAGCCCCUCGAAUCCAGUUUGACAUCCACAAGUGCUUCGGAACCAGAAUCAUUUGUUACAGUGAAGUCCUCACCGCCAGCGAGUAAGAUACCUGUAGUGGAACCCAGGAAAAUCGUUUUCGAAGAAACCACAAAGCCUCUGGUCGAGCCUGAGCCAGUGAAGACCACUGAAAAGAAGCCUCUCAACGAGCGACAACUAACCGCUGAUUUCUUGAACAUGGAGCAGCAAACACAGCUGGUCUCCGAGCCUGCCAAGUCGUUGGUAAAAGAGGUGGUGAAGUCAGCCGAGCAAAUGGUAGAACAACCGAAACAGCAAAAACCCCUGAGUGAACGUCAACUUACAGAGGACUUCCUGCUUAUGGAACAGCAGACACAGCUGCCUACAGACAUUUUCAAGGCAACGGAUAAGCUGAUCGAUGGCAUUGAGUCUGCAGCACCAGUUGGAGAUCAAGCUUCGCCGUUCCACACGCCCAAGUUGACCACCAGUGUGGUGACCCAGGAGCCACAGUCACUGGCGAGCGAAUAUGGUAGUGACACGUUUGGCAAACAGGCCACCAUGCCGCUAGGAGAUUCAUUGUUGGAGCAGGGACUCAUUGCACCAGUAUCCAUGGAGCCACGAAAGUCACUGACCGAUGCCGAGUUCUGCAAAUCGGUGGGCGAAACAAUCACCAAGAAGAUGAGCGUGGGAGUAAUCGAAAUAAGUGAUGAGCUCAAGAAAAUAGAGAGCGAAAUCCCACACUCCCAGACUCCGCCACCAACACCGAGUGACAACAAAACCGACAAGCAGAACGAAGAGCCUGAACUGAUCAGCCUAGAACGUGAUUAUCUGGCCGACACUGUGACCACCCUGCAUACGACUACAGAGUCGACCCUCGAACGCGUUUCUGCCAUUACCAAAAUUGAGCACUUCAGUGUUCAUAAUGUAAAAUCCGAAACCUUUACAAGAACAGAUGAACCUGAUAAGCUGCUCCAUAGUGUGGUAGCUCCCCCCGAUAUUCAGAAAUUGUACUCACAAGACACUACCUCAUUUACAGAAAUGAGUACAAGUAGUCAAACACCGAAGAUGACAACAACGACGACCAUGACAGCACAAAUAGAUCGCACCAAAGUAGAUUUGACUAUUUCUGGGCAAGAUCAGCAUAAACAUAAGGAUCUCAAGGAGCAGUCAGCAGUAGAUGUAGAUGCAAAAACAGAGGCAGAGAAGAUUGCCAGUGAUAGGGAUUAUUUAGAACAAAUUAUGGGCUGUGGUGAUGUGAGACGCAAGAUUAUGCGUUUGGAGAGCAGUGGCAGCACCGAAUCAUUGGAGUCCAUGGGCAAGUCAUCCACUGUGACACCCAAAUAUAUAGGCGACAAUGUGCCAGUGGUGCGAGAGGUGGUGCGGAGUAUGGAGGAUAAGAUCUGCAGUACAGUGGUGUCGGCCAUUCCAUUUGCCGUACAAAAACGGAAGACCCAUGAAGAUGACAAGGAACCCAAUGUAGUAGAGCUAGAAAAGCAAAUACUUACGCCAGCAGAUUUGGCCCUGGAAAAGCUAAUCAAAUGUGAGCCACCCUCUGAGGUGGUAAAAAUUUCACCCAUCGAGGCCAUGGCUGUUGGCCUUAAAGAGAUUGACGAAGAGGUUUGUGAAAAGGUUUGCGAGAAGCGCAAGUCCUUUGUGGUAGCUGAAGACUUUUGUGAAACGGAUAAGACUUUAACUGAACAGGUAAUAGAUUUAAAUAGGCAAGUAGACCAGGUACCUGCAAGGAUUUUAACUGAAACUAUUGAAAAGCAUUUAGACUUAGAAGAUAGGGACAUCCUUGAAGCUUCACCAACGGUUAGGGAAGUUGUGCAGGACAUUGAACGCAAAUAUCCUGCGGCUAGUUUAGAGGCCAAACCUUUUAGUCCACGCAAGCGGGUAACACCAGACCGUAAGGUUGAUGUUUCGUCCAUAGAGCAGCUGAUUUUAAGCGACGCCGAUUUGAUUUUAGAUGGUUUGGGCUCUAAGUGUAUACCAGAACAAAAGGUACAGUCGCCCAUUUCUUCCAUGAACAAGACGAGCAGCAGUACUGAAAACCUAGAAGACAUAUGCGAAAAAAAAUGCUCAAAGCGCACAAUCUCAGAUAUGGCAAAGGUCUUUGAAAGAAAAGAAGACCCAAUAACUUUACCAUCUAUUACAAAUGUAAAGUCGACAACUGCCAAGUUCCUUGAGUGCGAGUCAGGGAAGUUCGCUAUUACGGAUAGUAUUCAGGAUUUUAAUGCCAAGAGUAGUUUAAAUGAAGAAGUAGCUGGGAUUGAAAAAGUUCAACAUAGAUUUUUAGCAGAUUGUGAUACACAAGAAUUUCCAAUAGAAACGAUUAUGGAUACAAAAUUCGUAGAAUUCCCAAAAAUUUCACACACCCUCGAACGAUUACAUUCCAUUUCGAAAACUGACCUUGCGGAUACUAAGAAAAUCGUCCACGAAUCUAGUGAAUUCGAAUCAAAACUAGAUAAACUUGUGCACAAAAUAGAACAAAAAGAUAACCAAAACCCUGAUUUUGAACACAAUGUAAAGUUUCCCACUCUGGACAAUUUAGAUGAGUUUCAGACACAGAAGAACUUGACCUCUGAACUUGUUACAGUGACGGAUAACUCGGAGAAUAAAUUUCCAACUGAAGGAAAAUCUUAUUUAGGUAAAGAACCAAUUGAAAGCGAUAGCGACGAGGAGUUGGACAAUUUGAAAAAGAAAAGCAAGCUUAACCUUUUAUCGAAAAUUGAGCACUCAUCCUAUUUUGAUACAACAAAGAUCGUCAAGAGCACAGAAAGUAGAGAAAUAACGAAAUUUCCAAUGGCGAACGAUAGCAAGUCAGGAGACACAUUUUACUCUGGAGAAAAAGCAGAAUACAUUCAUUCCACUAAAACAAUAUCAGACAAACACGACCAGUCAUUUAGCCACAAAACUUCGUUGGUAACUUCAGAUAAAGGUAGUGCAGAUAAUUCUCACAUUAGUUUGGAAGAAAAACCGAAGUCGCCUGAGGAGAAGGACGAAAAGGUCCUAGCGAAACCAGACGACAGUUCCCAGUCAGUUAUUGAGACUGUAAAGCCAAGUCCCAAAGCAUAUUCGGACGACGAAUCUGAUGACGAAAUAGAUACACCCAAACCACAAGACAAACUUAUUAGCCAGCCAACUUCUUUGGUAACUUCUGUGACUGGUAGUGAGGAUAAGUCUCCUCUUCAUGCCGAAGAAAAACCGAAGUCGCCUGAGAAGAAAGACGAAAUGGUCCUAGCUAAACCAGACGACAGUUUCAAAUCAGUCAUUGAGACUGUUAAGCCAAGUCCAAAAGAAUAUUCGGACGACGAAUCUGAUGACGAUAUAGAUAUUCCCAAACCACAAGACAAACCUAUUAGCCAGCCAACUUCUUUGGUAACUUCUGUAAUAGGUAGUGGGGAUAAGUCUGCUCUUCAUGCCGAAGAAAAACCGAAGUCGCCUGAGAAGAAAGACGAAAAGGUCCUAGCUAAACCAGACGACAGUUUCAAAUCAGUCAUUGAGACUGUUAAGCCAAGUCCAAAAGAAUAUUCGGACGACGAAUCUGAUUACGAGAUAGAUAUUCCCAAACCACAAGACAAACCUAUUAAGAAGCCUUUAAGUGAACCAAUGCCAAUAGUGACACCCUUCAGUAGUUUCCAUGACGUAAUGUCCAAAGAAGUUAUUUCCUUUAAGGCAGAAGAAAGUUCAACAACAAUUCAAUCAAAUGUUAAGUUCGCAAGCACUACUAUUACAACAGAAGAUACCAAUAUAGUUAUACCGAUUGACUCCCUUUCAAACUUAAAAGACGAUAAGAUCCCAUCCUCAGUAGAUGAAAAACCAAAGUCACCAAGAGAGUCAGGGAAGACUAUUUUAAAAGAGCUUUCGGACGAUAAAAGUGAGAAGGAGUUUGGAAUUACUAAGACUCACGACAAGUCUGAUAGCCACACAAUUUCUUGGGUAACUUCUGUAGCAGAUAUUGGGGGAAAAUCUCCUCCUCAUCCUGAAGAAAAACAUAAGUCGCCUGAGAAGAAGGACGAAAAGGUCCUAGCGAAACCAGACGACAGUUCGCAGUCAGUCAUUGAGACUGUUAAGCCAAGUCCGAAAGAAUAUUCAGACGACGAAUCUGAUGACGAAAUAGAUAUUCCCAAACAACAAGACAAAACUAUUAGCCAGCCAACUUCUUUGGUAACUUCUGUAAUAGGUAGUGGGGAUAAGUCUGCUCUUCAUGCCGAAGAAAAACCGAAGUCGCCUGAGAAGAAAGACGAAAAGGUCCUAGCUAAACCAGACGACAGUUUCAAAUCAGUCAUUGAGACUGUUAAGCCAAGUCCAAAAGAAUAUUCGGACGACGAAUCUGAUUACGAGAUAGAUAUUCCCAAACCACAAGACAAACCUAUUAGCCAGCCAACUUCUUUGGUAACUUCUGUAACAGGUAGUGGGGAUAAGUCUGCUCUUCAUACCGAAGAAAAACCGAAGUCGCCUGAGAAGAAAGACGAAAAGGUCCUAGCUAAACCAGACGACAGUUUCAAAUCAGUCAUUGAGACUGUUAAGCCAAGUCCCAAAGAUUAUUCAGACGACGAAUCUGAUGACGAAAUAGAUAUUCCAAAACCGCAAGACAAACCUAUUAGCCAGCCAACUUCUUUGGUAACUUCUGUGACUGAUAAUGGGGGAAAAUCUCCUCUUCAUCCUGAAGAAAAACAGAAGUCGCCUGAGAAGAAGGACGAAAAGAUCCUAGCGAAACCAGACGACAGUUCGCAGUCAGUCAUUGAGACUGUUAAGCCCAGUCCGAAAGAAUAUUCAGACGACGAAUCUGAUGACGAAAUAGAUAUUCCCAAACAACAAGACAAAACUAUUAGCCAGCCAACUUCUUUGGUAACUUCUGUAACAGGUAGUGGGGAUAAGUCUGCUCUUCAUACCGAAGAAAAACCGAAGUCGCCUGAGAAGAAAGACGAAAUGGUCCUAGCUAAACCAGACGACAGUUUCAAAUCAGUCAUUGAGACUGUUAAGCCAAGUCCAAAAGAAUAUUCGGACGACGAAUCUGAUUACGAGAUAGAUAUUCCCAAACCACAAGACAAACCUAUUAGCCAGCCAACUUCUUUGGUAACUUCUGUGACUGGUAGGGAGGAUAAGUCUCCUCUUCAUGCCGAAGAAAAACCGAAGUCGCCUGAGAAGAAAGACGAAAUGGUCCUAGCUAAACCAGACGACAGUUUCAAAUCAGUCAUUGAGACUGUUAAGCCAAGUCCAAAAGAAUAUUCGGACGACGAAUCUGAUGACGAUAUAGAUAUUCCCAAACCACAAGACAAACCUAUUAGCCAGCCAACUUCUUUGGUAACUUCUGUAACAGGUAGUGGGGAUAAGUCUGCUCUUCAUGCCGAAGAAAAACCGAAGUCGCCUGAGAAGAAAGACGAAAUGGUCCUAGCUAAACCAGACGACAGUUUCAAAUCAGUCAUUGAGACUGUUAAGCCAAGUCCAAAAGAAUAUUCGGACGACGAAUCUGAUGACGAUAUAGAUAUUCCCAAACCACAAGACAAACCUAUUAGCCAGCCAACUUCUUUGGUAACUUCUGUGACUGGUAGGGAGGAUAAGUCUCCUCUUCAUGCCGAAGAAAAACCGAAGUCGCCUGAGAAGAAAGACGAAAUGGUCCUAGCUAAACCAGACGACAGUUUCAAAUCAGUCAUUGAGACUGUUAAGCCAAGUCCAAAAGAAUAUUCGGACGACGAAUCUGAUUACGAGAUAGAUAUUCCCAAACCGCAAGACAAACCUAUUAGCCAGCCAACUUCUUUGGUAACUUCUGUGACUGGUAGGGAGGAUAAGUCUUCUCUUCAUACUGAAGAAAAACCGAAGUCCCCUGAGAAGAAGGACAUUAAGCCCAGUCUAGUGGAAUAUUCCGACAAUGAAGGCGAUGCCAAAAUUGAGUGUCCUAAGCCCCAAGAGAAGCCUUUAAGUGAACCAAUUCCAAUAGUGACACCCUUCAGUAGUUUCCAUGACGUAAUGUCCAAAGAAGUUAUUUCCUUUAAGGCAGAAGAAAGUUCAACAACAAUUCAAUCAAAUGUUAAGUUCGCAAGCACUACUAUUACAACAGAAGAUACCAAGAUAGUUAUACCGAUUGACUCCCUUUCAAACUUAAAAGACCAUAAGAUCCCAUCCUCAGUAGAUGAAAAACCAAAGUCACCAAGAGAGUCAGGGAAGACUAUUUUAAAAGAGCUUUCAGACGAUGAAAGUGAGAAGGAGUUUGGAAUUACUAAGCCUCACGAAAAGUCUGAUAGCCACCCAAUAUCUUUGGUAACUUCUGUAGCAGAUAAUGGGGGAAAAUCUCCUCUUCAUCCUGAAGAAAAACAGAAGUCGCCUGAGAAGAAGGACGAAAAGAUCCUAGCGAAACCAGACGACAGUUCGCAGUCAGUCAUUGAGACUGUUAAGCCAAGUCCGAAAGAAUAUUCAGACGACGAAUCUGAUGACGAAAUAGAUAUUCCCAAACAACAAGACAAAACUAUUAGCCAGCCAACUUCUUUGGUAACUUCUGUAACAGGUAGUGGGGAUAAGUCUGCUCUUCAUACCGAAGAAAAACCGAAGUCGCCUGAGAAGAAAGACGAAAUGGUCCUAGCUAAACCAGACGACAGUUUCAAAUCAGUCAUUGAGACUGUUAAGCCAAGUCCAAAAGAAUAUUCGGACGACGAAUCUGAUUACGAGAUAGAUAUUCCCAAACCACAAGACAAACCUAUUAGCCAGCCAACUUCUUUGGUAACUUCUGUGACUGGUAGGGAGGAUAAGUCUCCUCUUCAUGCCGAAGAAAAACCGAAGUCGCCUGAGAAGAAAGACGAAAUGGUCCUAGCUAAACCAGACGACAGUUUCAAAUCAGUCAUUGAGACUGUUAAGCCAAGUCCAAAAGAAUAUUCGGACGACGAAUCUGAUGACGAUAUAGAUAUUCCCAAACCACAAGACAAACCUAUUAGCCAGCCAACUUCUUUGGUAACUUCUGUAACAGGUAGUGGGGAUAAGUCUGCUCUUCAUGCCGAAGAAAAACCGAAGUCGCCUGAGAAGAAAGACGAAAUGGUCCUAGCUAAACCAGACGACAGUUUCAAAUCAGUCAUUGAGACUGUUAAGCCAAGUCCAAAAGAAUAUUCGGACGACGAAUCUGAUGACGAUAUAGAUAUUCCCAAACCACAAGACAAACCUAUUAGCCAGCCAACUUCUUUGGUAACUUCUGUAACAGGUAGUGGGGAUAAGUCUGCUCUUCAUACUGAAGAAAAACAGAAGUCGCCUGAGAAGAAGGACGAAAAGAUCCUAGCGAAACCAGACGACAGUUCGCAGUCAGUCAUUGAGACUGUUAAGCCAAGUCCGAAAGAAUAUUCAGACGACGAAUCUGAUGACGAAAUAGAUAUUCCCAAACAACAAGACAAAACUAUUAGCCAGCCAACUUCUUUGGUAACUUCUGUAACAGGUAGUGGGGAUAAGUCUGCUCUUCAUACCGAAGAAAAACCGAAGUCGCCUGAGAAGAAAGACGAAAUGGUCCUAGCUAAACCAGACGACAGUUUCAAAUCAGUCAUUGAGACUGUUAAGCCAAGUCCAAAAGAAUAUUCAGACGACGAAUCUGAUGACGAAAUAGAUAUUCCAAAACCGCAAGACAAACCUAUUAGCCAGCCAACUUCUUUGGUAACUUCUGUGACUGGUAGGGAGGAUAAGUCUCCUCUUCAUACUGAAGAAAAACCGAAGUCCCCUGAGAAGAAGGACCAUAAGAUCCCAUCCUCAGUAGAUGAAAAACCAAAGUCACCAAGAGAGUCAGGGAAGACUAUUUUAAAAGAGCUUUCAGACGAUGAAAGUGAGAAGGAGUUUGGAAUUACUAAGCCUCACGAAAAGUCUGAUAGCCACCCAAUAUCUUUGGUAACUUCUGUAGCAGAUAAUGGGGGAAAAUCUCCUCUUCAUCCUGAAGAAAAACCGAAGUCGCCUGAGAAGAAAGACGAAAUGGUCCUAGCUAAACCAGACGACAGUUUCAAAUCAGUCAUUGAGACUGUUAAGCCAAGUCCAAAAGAAUAUUCGGACGACGAAUCUGAUGACGAUAUAGAUAUUCCCAAACCACAAGACAAACCUAUUAGCCAGCCAACUUCUUUGGUAACUUCUGUAACAGGUAGUGGGGAUAAGUCUGCUCUUCAUACUGAAGAAAAACAGAAGUCGCCUGAGAAGAAGGACGAAAAGAUCCUAGCGAAACCAGACGACAGUUCGCAGUCAGUCAUUGAGACUGUUAAGCCAAGUCCGAAAGAAUAUUCAGACGACGAAUCUGAUGACGAAAUAGAUAUUCCCAAACAACAAGACAAAACUAUUAGCCAGCCAACUUCUUUGGUAACUUCUGUAACAGGUAGUGGGGAUAAGUCUGCUCUUCAUACCGAAGAAAAACCGAAGUCGCCUGAGAAGAAAGACGAAAUGGUCCUAGCUAAACCAGACGACAGUUUCAAAUCAGUCAUUGAGACUGUUAAGCCAAGUCCAAAAGAAUAUUCAGACGACGAAUCUGAUGACGAAAUAGAUAUUCCAAAACCGCAAGACAAACCUAUUAGCCAGCCAACUUCUUUGGUAACUUCUGUGACUGGUAGGGAGGAUAAGUCUCCUCUUCAUACUGAAGAAAAACCGAAGUCCCCUGAGAAGAAGGACAUUAAGCCCAGUCUAGUGGAAUAUUCCGACAAUGAAGGCGAUGCCAAAAUUGAGUGUCCUAAGCCCCAAGAGAAGCCUUUAAGUGAACCAAUUCCAAUAGUGACACCCUUCAGUAGUUUCCAUGACGUAAUGUCCAAAGAAGUUAUUUCCUUUAAGGCAGAAGAAAGUUCAACAACAAUUCAAUCAAAUGUUAAGUUCGCAAGCACUACUAUUACAACAGAAGAUACCAAGAUAGUUAUACCGAUUGACUCCCUUUCAAACUUAAAAGACCAUAAGAUCCCAUCCUCAGUAGAUGAAAAACCAAAGUCACCAAGAGAGUCAGGGAAGACUAUUUUAAAAGAGCUUUCAGACGAUGAAAGUGAGAAGGAGUUUGGAAUUACUAAGCCUCACGAAAAGUCUGAUAGCCACCCAAUAUCUUUGGUAACUUCUGUAGCAGAUAAUGGGGGAAAAUCUCCUCUUCAUCCUGAAGAAAAACAGAAGUCGCCUGAGAAGAAGGACGAAAAGAUCCUAGCGAAACCAGACGACAGUUCGCAGUCAGUCAUUGAGACUGUUAAGCCAAGUCCGAAAGAAUAUUCAGACGACGAAUCUGAUGACGAAAUAGAUAUUCCCAAACAACAAGACAAAACUAUUAGCCAGCCAACUUCUUUGGUAACUUCUAUAACAGGUAGUGGGGAUAAGUCUGCUCUUCAUACCGAAGAAAAACCGAAGUCGCCUGAGAAGAAAGACGAAAUGGUCCUAGCUAAACCAGACGACAGUUUCAAAUCAGUCAUUGAGACUGUUAAGCCAAGUCCAAAAGAAUAUUCGGACGACGAAUCUGAUUACGAGAUAGAUAUUCCCAAACCACAAGACAAACCUAUUAGCCAGCCAACUUCUUUGGUAACUUCUGUGACUGGUAGGGAGGAUAAGUCUCCUCUUCAUGCCGAAGAAAAACCGAAGUCGCCUGAGAAGAAAGACGAAAUGGUCCUAGCUAAACCAGACGACAGUUUCAAAUCAGUCAUUGAGACUGUUAAGCCAAGUCCAAAAGAAUAUUCGGACGACGAAUCUGAUGACGAUAUAGAUAUUCCCAAACCACAAGACAAACCUAUUAGCCAGCCAACUUCUUUGGUAACUUCUGUAACAGGUAGUGGGGAUAAGUCUGCUCUUCAUGCCGAAGAAAAACCGAAUUCGCCUGAGAAGAAAGACGAAAUGGUCCUAGCUAAACCAGACGACAGUUUCAAAUCAGUCAUUGAGACUGUUAAGCCAAGUCCAAAAGAAUAUUCGGACGACGAAUCUGAUGACGAUAUAGAUAUUCCCAAACCACAAGACAAACCUAUUAGCCAGCCAACUUCUUUGGUAACUUCUGUGACUGGUAGGGAGGAUAAGUCUCCUCUUCAUGCCGAAGAAAAACCGAAGUCGCCUGAGAAGAAAGACGAAAUGGUCCUAGCUAAACCAGACGACAGUUUCAAAUCAGUCAUUGAGACUGUUAAGCCAAGUCCAAAAGAAUAUUCAGACGACGAAUCUGAUGACGAAAUAGAUAUUCCAAAACCGCAAGACAAACCUAUUAGCCAGCUAACUUCUUUGGUAACUUCUGUGACUGGUAGGGAGGAUAAGUCUUCUCUUCAUACUGAAGAAAAACCGAAGUCCCCUGAGAAGAAGGACAUUAAGCCCAGUCUAGUGGAAUAUUCCGACAAUGAAGGCGAUGCCAAAAUUGAGUGUCCUAAGCCCCAAGAGAAGCCUUUAAGUGAACCAAUUCCAAUAGUGACACCCUUCAGUAGUUUCCAUGACGUAAUGUCCAAAGAAGUUAUUUCCUUUAAGGCAGAAGAAAGUUCAACAACAAUUCAAUCAAAUGUUAAGUUCGCAAGCACUACUAUUACAACAGAAGAUACCAAGAUAGUUAUACCGAUUGACUCCCUUUCAAACUUAAAAGACCAUAAGAUCCCAUCCUCAGUAGAUGAAAAACCAAAGUCACCAAGAGAGUCAGGGAAGACUAUUUUAAAAGAGCUUUCAGACGAUGAAAGUGAGAAGGAGUUUGGAAUUACUAAGCCUCACGAAAAGUCUGAUAGCCACCCAAUAUCUUUGGUAACUUCUGUAGCAGAUAAUGGGGGAAAAUCUCCUCUUCAUCCUGAAGAAAAACAGAAGUCGCCUGAGAAGAAGGACGAAAAGAUCCUAGCGAAACCAGACGACAGUUCGCAGUCAGUCAUUGAGACUGUUAAGCCAAGUCCGAAAGAAUAUUCAGACGACGAAUCUGAUGACGAAAUAGAUAUUCCCAAACAACAAGACAAAACUAUUAGCCAGCCAACUUCUUUGGUAACUUCUGUAACAGGUAGUGGGGAUAAGUCUGCUCUUCAUACCGAAGAAAAACCGAAGUCGCCUGAGAAGAAAGACGAAAUGGUCCUAGCUAAACCAGACGACAGUUUCAAAUCAGUCAUUGAGACUGUUAAGCCAAGUCCAAAAGAAUAUUCGGACGACGAAUCUGAUUACGAGAUAGAUAUUCCCAAACCACAAGACAAACCUAUUAGCCAGCCAACUUCUUUGGUAACUUCUGUGACUGGUAGGGAGGAUAAGUCUCCUCUUCAUGCCGAAGAAAAACCGAAGUCGCCUGAGAAGAAAGACGAAAUGGUCCUAGCUAAACCAGACGACAGUUUCAAAUCAGUCAUUGAGACUGUUAAGCCAAGUCCAAAAGAAUAUUCGGACGACGAAUCUGAUGACGAUAUAGAUAUUCCCAAACCACAAGACAAACCUAUUAGCCAGCCAACUUCUUUGGUAACUUCUGUAACAGGUAGUGGGGAUAAGUCUGCUCUUCAUGCCGAAGAAAAACCGAAGUCGCCUGAGAAGAAAGACGAAAUGGUCCUAGCUAAACCAGACGACAGUUUCAAAUCAGUCAUUGAGACUGUUAAGCCAAGUCCAAAAGAAUAUUCGGACGACGAAUCUGAUGACGAUAUAGAUAUUCCCAAACCACAAGACAAACCUAUUAGCCAGCCAACUUCUUUGGUAACUUCUGUAACAGGUAGUGGGGAUAAGUCUGCUCUUCAUACCGAAGAAAAAACGAAGUCGCCUGAGAAGAAAGACGAAAAGGUCCUAGCUAAACCAGACGACAGUUUCAAAUCAGUCAUUGAGACUGUUAAGCCAAGUCCAAAAGAAUAUUCGGACGAUGAAUCUGAUUACGAGAUAGAUAUUCCCAAACCACAAGACAAACCUAUUAGCCAGCCAACUUCUUUGGUAACUUCUGUGACUGGUAGGGAGGAUAAGUCUCCUCUUCAUGCCGAAGAAAAACCGAAGUCGCCUGAGAAGAAAGACGAAAAGGUCCUAGCUAAACCAGACGACAGUUUCAAAUCAGUCAUUGAGACUGUUAAGCCAAGUCCAAAAGAAUAUUCGGACGACGAAUCUGAUGACGAUAUAGAUAUUGCCAAACCACAAGACAAACCUAUUAGCCAGCCAACUUCUUUGGUAACUUCUGUAACAGGUAGUGGGGAUAAGUCUGCUCUUCAUGCCGAAGAAAAACCGAAGUCGCCUGAGAAGAAAGACGAAAAGGUCCUAGCUAAACCAGACGACAGUUUCAAAUCAGUCAUUGAGACUGUUAAGCCAAGUCCAAAAGAAUAUUCGGACGACGAAUCUGAUGACGAUAUAGAUAUUGCCAAACCACAAGACAAACCUAUUAGCCAGCCAACUUCUUUGGUAACUUCUGUAACAGGUAGUGGGGAUAAGUCUGCUCUUCAUGCCGAAGAAAAACCGAAGUCGCCUGAGAAGAAAGACGAAAAGGUCCUAGCUAAACCAGACGACAGUUUCAAAUCAGUCAUUAAGAGUGUUAAGCCAAGUCCGAAAGAAUAUUCAGACGACGAAUCUGAUGACGAAAUAGAUAUUCCCAAGCAACAAGACAAAACUAUUAGCCAGCCAACUUCUUUGGUAACUUCUGUAACAGGUAGUGGGGAUAAGUCUCCUCUUCAUACCGAAGAAAAACCGAAGUCGCCUGAGAAGAAAGACAAAAUGGUCCUAGCGAAACCAGACGACAGUUCCAAGUCAGUAUUUGUUACUGUUAAGCCAAGUCCCAAAGAAUAUUCAGACGACGAAUCUGAUGACGAAAUAGAUAUUCCAAAACCACAAGACAAACCUAUUAGCCAGCCAACUUCUUUGGUAACUUCUGUAACAGGUAGUGGGGAUAAGUCUGCUCUUCAUACCGAAGAAAAACCGAAGUUGCCUGAGAAGAAAGACGAAAAGGUCCUAGCUAAACCAGACGACACUUUCAAAUCAGUCAUUGAGACUGUUAAGCCAAGUCCAAAAGAAUAUUCGGACGACGAAUCUGAUGACGAUAUAGAUAUUCCCAAACCACAAUACAAACCAAUUAGCCAGCCAACUUCUUUGGUAACUUCUGUAACAGGUAGUGGGGAUAAGUCUGCUCUUCAUACCGAAGAUAAACCGAAGUCGCCUGAGAAGAAAGAAGAAAAGGUCCUAGCUAAACCAGACGACAGUUUCAAAUCAGUCAUUGAGACUGUUAAGCCAAGUCCCAAAGAAUAUUCAGACGACGAAUCUGAUGACGAAAUAGAUAUUCCAAAACCGCAAGACAAACCUAGUAGCCAGCCAACUUCUUUCGUAACUUCUGUAACUGGUAGGGAGGAUAUGUCUCCUCUUCAUGCCGAAGAAAAACCGAAGUCGCCUGAGAAGAAAGACGAAAAGGUCCUAGCUAAACCAGACGACAGUUCCAAGUCAGUAUUUGUUACUGUUAAGCCAAGUCCCAAAGAAUAUUCAGACGACGAAUCUGAUUACGAGAUAGAUAUUCCAAAACCACAAGACAAACGUAUUAGCCAGCCAACUUCUUUGGUAACUUCUGUGACUGGUAGGGAGGAUAAGUCUCCUCUUCAUACUGAAGAAAAACCGAAGUCCCCUGAGAAGAAGGACAUUAAGCCCAGUCUAGUGGAAUAUUCCGACAAUGAAGGCGAUGCCAAAAUUGAGUGUCCUAAGCCCCAAGAGAAGCCUUUAAGUGAACCAAUUCCAGUAGUGACACCCUUCAGUAGUUUCCAUGACGUAAUGUCCAAAGAAGUUAUUUCCUUUAAGGCAGAAGAAAGUUCAACAACAAUUCAAUCAAAUGUUAAGUUCGCAAGCACUACUAUUACAACAGAAGAUACCAAGAUAGUUAUACCGAUUGACUCCCUUUCAAACUUAAAAGACGAUAAGAUCCCAUCCUCAGUAGAUGAAAAACCAAAGUCACCAAGAGAGUCAGGGAAGACUAUUUUAAAAGAGCUUUCGGACGAUGAAAGUGAGAAGGAGUUUGGAAUUACUAAGCCUCACGAAAAGUCUGAUAGCCACCCAAUAUCUUUGGCAACUUCUGUAGCAGAUAAUGGGGGAAAAUUUCCUCUUCAUCCUGAAGAAAAACAGAAGUCGCCUGAGAAGAAGGACGAAAAGGUCCUAGCGAAACCAGACGACAGUUCGCAGUCAGUUAUUGAGACUGUUAAGCCAAGUCCGAAAGAAUAUUCAGACGACGAAUCUGAUGACGAAAUAGAUAUUCCCAAACAACAAGACAAAACUAUUAGCCAGCCAACUUCUUUGGUAACUUCUGUAACAGGUAGUGGGGAUAAGUCUGCUCUUCAUGCCGAAGAAAAACCGAAGUCGCCUGAGAAGAAAGACGAAAUGGUCCUAGCUAAACCAGACGACAGUUUCAAAUCAGUCAUUGAGACUGUUAAGCCAAGUCCAAAAGAAUAUUCGGACGACGAUUCUGAUGACGAUAUAGAUAUUCCCAAACCACAAGACAAACCUAUUAGCCAGCCAACUUCUUUGGUAACUUCUGUAACAGGUAGUGGGGAUAAGUCUGCUCUUCAUACCGAAGAGAAAACGAAGUCGCCUGAGAAGAAAGACGAAAAGGUCCUAGCUAAACCAGACGACAGUUUCAAAUCAGUCAUUGAGACUGUUAAGCCAAGUCCAAAAGAAUAUUCGGACGACGAAUCUGAUUACGAGAUAGAUAUUCCCAAACCACAAGACAAACCUAUUAGCCAGCCAACUUCUUUGGUAACUUCUGUGACUGGUAGGGAGGAUAAGUCUGCUCUUCAUGCCGAAGAAAAACCGAAGUCGCCUGAGAAGAAAGACGAAAUGGUCCUAGCUAAACCAGACGACAGUUUCAAAUCAGUCAUUGAGACUGUUAAGCCAAGUCCAAAAGAAUAUUCGGACGACGAAUCUGAUGACGAUAUAGAUAUUCCCAAACCACAAGACAAACCUAUUAGCCAGCCAACUUCUUUGGUAACUUCUGUAACAGGUAGUGGGGAUAAGUCUGCUCUUCAUGCCGAAGAAAAACCGAAGUCGCCUGAGAAGAAAGACGAAAUGGUCCUAGCUAAACCAGACGACAGUUUCAAAUCAGUCAUUGAGACUGUUAAGCCAAGUCCAAAAGAAUAUUCGGACGACGAAUCUGAUGACGAUAUAGAUAUUCCCAAACCACAAGACAAACCUAUUAGCCAGCCAACUUCUUUGGUAACUUCUGUAACAGGUAGUGGGGAUAAGUCUGCUCUUCAUACCGAAGAAAAAACGAAGUCGCCUGAGAAGAAAGACGAAAAGGUCCUAGCUAAACCAGACGACAGUUUCAAAUCAGUCAUUGAGACUGUUAAGCCAAGUCCAAAAGAAUAUUCGGACGAUGAAUCUGAUUACGAGAUAGAUAUUCCCAAACCACAAGACAAACCUAUUAGCCAGCCAACUUCUUUGGUAACUUCUGUGACUGGUAGGGAGGAUAAGUCUCCUCUUCAUGCCGAAGAAAAACCGAAGUCGCCUGAGAAGAAAGACGAAAAGGUCCUAGCUAAACCAGACGACAGUUUCAAAUCAGUCAUUGAGACUGUUAAGCCAAGUCCAAAAGAAUAUUCGGACGACGAAUCUGAUGACGAUAUAGAUAUUGCCAAACCACAAGACAAACCUAUUAGCCAGCCAACUUCUUUGGUAACUUCUGUAACAGGUAGUGGGGAUAAGUCUGCUCUUCAUGCCGAAGAAAAACCGAAGUCGCCUGAGAAGAAAGACGAAAAGGUCCUAGCUAAACCAGACGACAGUUUCAAAUCAGUCAUUGAGACUGUUAAGCCAAGUCCAAAAGAAUAUUCGGACGACGAAUCUGAUGACGAUAUAGAUAUUGCCAAACCACAAGACAAACCUAUUAGCCAGCCAACUUCUUUGGUAACUUCUGUAACAGGUAGUGGGGAUAAGUCUGCUCUUCAUGCCGAAGAAAAACCGAAGUCGCCUGAGAAGAAAGACGAAAAGGUCCUUGCUAAACCAGACGACAGUUUCAAAUCAGUCAUUAAGAGUGUUAAGCCAAGUCCGAAAGAAUAUUCAGACGACGAAUCUGAUGACGAAAUAGAUAUUCCCAAGCAACAAGACAAUACUAUUAGCCAGCCAACUUCUUUGGUAACUUCUGUAACAGGUAGUGGGGAUAAGUCUCCUCUUCAUACCGAAGAAAAACCGAAGUCGCCUGAGAAGAAAGACAAAAUGGUCCUAGCGAAACCAGACGACAGUUCCAAGUCAGUAUUUGUUACUGUUAAGCCAAGUCCCAAAGAAUAUUCAGACGACGAAUCUGAUGACGAAAUAGAUAUUCCAAAACCACAAGACAAACCUAUUAGCCAGCCAACUUCUUUGGUAACUUCUGUAACAGGUAGUGGGGAUAAGUCUGCUCUUCAUACCGAAGAAAAACCGAAGUUGCCUGAGAAGAAAGACGAAAAGGUCCUAGCUAAACCAGACGACACUUUCAAAUCAGUCAUUGAGACUGUUAAGCCAAGUCCAAAAGAAUAUUCGGACGACGAAUCUGAUGACGAUAUAGAUAUUCCCAAACCACAAUACAAACCAAUUAGCCAGCCAACUUCUUUGGUAACUUCUGUAACAGGUAGUGGGGAUAAGUCUGCUCUUCAUACCGAAGAUAAACCGAAGUCGCCUGAGAAGAAAGAAGAAAAGGUCCUAGCUAAACCAGACGACAGUUUCAAAUCAGUCAUUGAGACUGUUAAGCCAAGUCCCAAAGAAUAUUCAGACGACGAAUCUGAUGACGAAAUAGAUAUUCCAAAACCGCAAGACAAACCUAGUAGCCAGCCAACUUCUUUCGUAACUUCUGUAACUGGUAGGGAGGAUAAGUCUCCUCUUCAUGCCGAAGAAAAACCGAAGUCGCCUGAGAAGAAAGACGAAAAGGUCCUAGCUAAACCAGACGACAGUUCCAAGUCAGUAUUUGUUACUGUUAAGCCAAGUCCCAAAGAAUAUUCAGACGACGAAUCUGAUUACGAGAUAGAUAUUCCAAAACCACAAGACAAACGUAUUAGCCAGCCAACUUCUUUGGUAACUUCUGUGACUGGUAGGGAGGAUAAGUCUCCUCUUCAUACUGAAGAAAAUCCGAAGUCCCCUGAGAAGAAGGACAUUAAGCCCAGUCUAGUGGAAUAUUCCGACAAUGAAGGCGAUGCCAAAAUUGAGUGUCCUAAGCCCCAAGAGAAGCCUUUAAGUGAACCAAUUCCAGUAGUGACACCCUUCAGUAGUUUCCAUGACGUAAUGUCCAAAGAAGUUAUUUCCUUUAAGGCAGAAGAAAGUUCAACAACAAUUCAAUCAAAUGUUAAGUUCGCAAGCACUACUAUUACAACAGAAGAUACCAAGAUAGUUAUACCGAUUGACUCCCUUUCAAACUUAAAAGACGAUAAGAUCCCAUCCUCAGUAGAUGAAAAACCAAAGUCACCAAGAGAGUCAGGGAAGACUAUUUUAAAAGAGCUUUCGGACGAUGAAAGUGAGAAGGAGUUUGGAAUUACUAAGCCUCACGAAAAGUCUGAUAGCCACCCAAUAUCCUUGGCAACUUCUGUAGCAGAUAAUGGGGGAAAAUUUCCUCUUCAUCCUGAAGAAAAACAGAAGUCGCCUGAGAAGAAGGACGAAAAGGUCCUAGCGAAACCAGACGACAGUUCGCAGUCAGUUAUUGAGACUGUUAAGCCAAGUCCGAAAGAAUAUUCAGACGACGAAUCUGAUGACGAAAUAGAUAUUCCCAAACAACAAGACAAAACUAUUAGCCAGCCAACUUCUUUGGUAACUUCUGUAACAGGUAGUGGGGAUAAGUCUGCUCUUCAUGCCGAAGAAAAACCGAAGUCGCCUGAGAAGAAAGACGAAAUGGUCCUAGCUAAACCAGACGACAGUUUCAAAUCAGUCAUUGAGACUGUUAAGCCAAGUCCAAAAGAAUAUUCGGACGACGAUUCUGAUGACGAUAUAGAUAUUCCCAAACCACAAGACAAACCUAUUAGCCAGCCAACUUCUUUGGUAACUUCUGUAACAGGUAGUGGGGAUAAGUCUGCUCUUCAUACCGAAGAGAAAACGAAGUCGCCUGAGAAGAAAGACGAAAAGGUCCUAGCUAAACCAGACGACAGUUUCAAAUCAGUCAUUGAGACUGUUAAGCCAAGUCCAAAAGAAUAUUCGGACGACGAAUCUGAUUACGAGAUAGAUAUUCCCAAACCACAAGACAAACCUAUUAGCCAGCCAACUUCUUUGGUAACUUCUGUGACUGGUAGGGAGGAUAAGUCUCCUCUUCAUGCCGAAGAAAAACCGAAGUCGCCUGAGAAGAAAGACGAAAUGGUCCUAGCUAAACCAGACGACAGUUUCAAAUCAGUCAUUGAGACUGUUAAGCCAAGUCCAAAAGAAUAUUCGGACGACGAAUUUGAUGACGAUAUAGAUAUUCCCAAACCACAAGACAAACCUAUUAGCCAGCCAACUUCUUUGGUAACUUCUGUAACAGGUAGUGGGGAUAAGUCUGCUCUUCAUGCCGAAGAAAAACCGAAGUCGCCUGAGAAGAAAGACGAAAUGGUCCUAGCUAAACCAGACGACAGUUUCAAAUCAGUCAUUGAGACUGUUAAGCCAAGUCCAAAAGACUAUUCGGACGACGAAUCUGAUGACGAUAUAGAUAUUCCCAAACCACAAGACAAACCUAUUAGCCAGCCAACUUCUUUGGUAACUUCUGUAACAGGUAGUGGGGAUAAGUCUGCUCUUCAUACCGAAGAAAAAACGAAGUCGCCUGAGAAGAAAGACGAAAAGGUCCUAGCUAAACCAGACGACAGUUUCAAAUCAGUCAUUGAGACUGUUAAGCCAAGUCCCAAAGAAUAUUCAGACGACGAAUCUGAAUACGAAAUAGAUAUUCCAAAACCGCAAGACAAACCUAUUAGCCAACCAACUUCUUUGGUAACUUCUGUGACUGGUAGGGAGGAUAAGUCUCCUCUUCAUACCGAAGAAAAAACGAAGUCGCCUGAGAAGAAAGACGAAAAGGUCCUAGCUAAACCAGACGACAGUUUCAAAUCAGUCAUUGAGACUGUUAAGCCAAGUCCCAAAGAAUAUUCAGACGACGAAUCUGAAUACGAAAUAGAUAUUCCAAAACCGCAAGACAAACCUAUUAGCCAACCAACUUCUUUGGUAACUUCUGUGACUGGUAGGGAGGAUAAGUCUCCUCUUCAUACUGAUGAAAAACCGAAGUCUCCUGAGAAGAAGGACAUUAAGCCCAGUCUAGUGGAAUAUUCCGACAAUGAAGGCGAUGCCAAAAUUAAGUGUCCUAAGCCCCAAGAGAAGCCUUUAAGUGAACCAAUUCCAAUAGUGACACCCUUCAGUAGUUUCCAUGACGUAAUGUCCAAAGAAGUUAUUUCCUUUAAGGCAGAAGAAAGUUCAACAACAAUUCAAUCAAAUGUUAAGUUCGCAAGCACUACUAUUACAACAGAAGAUACCAAGAUAGUUAUACCGAUUGACUUCCUUUCAAACUUAAAAGACGAUAAGAUCCCAUCCUCAGUAGAUGAAAAACCAAAGUCACCAAGAGAGUCAGGGAAGACUAUUUUAAAAGAGCUUUCGGACGAUGAAAGUGAGAAGGAGUUUGGAAUUACUAAGCCUCACGAAAAGUCUGAUAGCCACCCAAUAUCUUUGGUAACUUCUGUAGCAGAUAAUGGGGGAAAAUCUCCUCUUCAUCCUGAAGAAAAACAGAAGUCGCCUGAGAAAAAGGACGAAAAGGUCCAAGCGAAACCAGACGACAGUUCGCAGUCAGUCAUUGAGACUGUUAAGCCAAGUCCGAAAGAAUAUUCAGACGACGAAUCUGAUGACGAAAUAGAUAUUCCCAAACAACAAGACAAAACUAUUAGCCAGCCAACUUUUUUGGUAACUUCUGUAACAGGUAGUGGGGAUAAGUCUGCUCUUCAUACCGAAGAAAGACCGAAGUCGCCUGAGAAGAAAAACGAAAAGGUCCUAGCUAAACCAGACGACAUUUUCAAAUCAGUCAUUGAGACUAUUAAGCCAAGUCCAAGAGAAUAUUCGAACGACGAAUCUGAUAACGAUAUAGAUAUUCCCAAACCACAAGACAAACCUAUUAGCCAGCCAACUUCUUUGGUAACUUCUGUGACUGGUAGUGAGGAAAAGUCUCCUCUUCAUACCGAAGAAAAACCGAAGUCGCCUGAGAAUAAAGACGAAAUGGUCCUAGCGAAACCAGACGACAGUUUCAAAUCAGUCAUUGAGACUGUUAAGCCAAGUCCCAAAGAAUAUUCAGACGACGAAUCUGAUGACGAAAUAGAUAUUCCAAAACCACAAGACAAACCUAUUAGCCAGCCAACUUCUUUGGUAACUUCUGUGACUGGUAGGGAGGAUAAGUCUCCUCUUCAUACCGAAGAAAAACCGAAGUCGCCUGAGAAUAAAGACGAAAUGGUCCUAGCGAAACCAGACGACAGUUUCAAAUCAGUCAUUGAGACUGUUAAGCCAAGUCCAAGAGAAUAUUCGGACGACGAAUCUGAUAACGAUAUAGAUAUUCCCAAACCACAAGACAAACCUAUUAGCCAGCCAACUUCUGUGAGUGGUAGGGUGGAUAAGGCUCUUCAUCAUCCUGAAGAAAAACCGAAGUCGCCUGAGAUGAAGGACGAAAAGGUCCUAGCGAAACCAGACGAUAGUUUCAAAUCAGUCAUUGAUACUGUUACGCCAAGUCCAAAAGAAUAUUUACACGACGAAUCUGAUGACGAAAUAGAUAUUCCCAAACCACAAGACAAACCUAUUAGCCAGCCAACUUCUUUGGUAACUUCCGUGACUGGUAGUGAGGAUAAGUCUCCUCCUCAUCCUGAAGAAAACCCGAAGUCACCAGAGAAGAAAGACGAAAAGGUUCUAGCGAAACCAGACGAUAGUUCCAAGUCAGUAUUUGAGACUGUAAAGCCAAGUCCCAAAGAAUGGUCGGACGACGAAUCUGAUGACGAAAUAGAUAUUCCCAAACCACAAGACAAACCUAUUUUCCAGCCAACUUCUUUGGUAACUUCUGUGACUGGUAGUGAGGAUAAGUCUCCUCUUCAUACUGAAGAAAAGGUCCUAGCGAAACCAGAGGACAGUUCCAAGUCAGUAUUUGAGACGGUUAAGACAAGUCCCAAAGAAUAUUCGGACGACGAAUCUGAUAACGAAAUAGAUAUUCCCAAACCACAAGACAAACAUAUUAGCCACCCAAUAUCUUUGGUAACUUCUGUGACUGGUAGUGAGGAUAACUCUCUUCUUCAUCCUGAAGAAAGCCCGAAGUCGCCUGAGAUGAAGGACGAAAAGGUCCUAGCGAAACCAGACGAUAGUUUCAAAUCAGUCAUUGAUACUGUUACGCCAAGUCCGAAAGAAUAUUUACACGACGAAUCCGUUGACGAAAUAGAUAUUCCCAAACCACAAGACAAACCUAUUAGCCAGCCAACUUCCUUAGUAACUUCUGUGACUGGUAGUGAGGAUAAAUCUCCUCUUCAAACUGAAGAAAAGGUCCUAGCGAAACCAAAGGACAGUUCCAAGUCAGUAUUUGAGACGGUUAAGACAAGUCCCAAAGAAUAUUCGGACGACGAAGCUGAUAACGAAAUAGAUUUUCCCAAACCACAAGACAAACCUAUUAGCCACCCAAUAUCUUUGGUAACUUCUGUGACUGGUAGUGAGGAUAACUCUCUUCUUCAUCCUGAAGAAAACCCGAAGUCGCCUAAAAAGAAGAAAGACGAAAAGGUCCUAGCGAAGCCAGACGAUAGUUCCAAGUCAGAACUUGAGACUGUUAAGCCAAGUCCCAAAGAAUAUUCGGACGACGAAUCUGAUAACGAAAUAGAUAUUCCCAAACCACAAGACAAACCUAUUAGCCAGCCAACUUCUUUAGUAACUUCUGUGACUGGUAGUGAGGAUAAAUCUCCUCUUCAUACUGAAGAAAAGGUCCUAGCGAAACCAAAGGACAGUUCCAAGUCAGUAUUUGAGACGGUUAAGACAAGUCCCAAAGAAUAUUCGGACGACGAAUCUGAUAACGAAAUAGAUAUUCCCAAACCACAAGACAAACCUAUUAGCCACCCAAUAUCUUUGGUAACUUCUGUGACUGGUAGUGAGGAUAACUCUCUUCUUCAUCCUGAACAAAGCCCGAAGUCGCCUGAGAUGAAGGACGAAAAGGUCCUAGCGAAACCAGACGAUAGUUUCAAAUCAGUCAUUGAUACUGUUACGCCAAGUCCGAAAGAAUAUUUACACGACGAAUCUGUUGACGAAAUAGAUAUUCCUAAACCGCAAGACAAACCUGUUAGCCAGCCAACUUCUUUGGUAACUUCUGUGACUGGUAGUGAGGAUAAAUCUCCUCUUCAUACUGAAGAAAAGGUCCUUGCAAAACCAGACGACAGUUCCAAGUCAGUAUUUGAGACUGUUAAGCCAAGUCCCAAAGAAUAUUCGGACGACGAAUCUGAUGACGAAAUAGAUAUUCCCAAACCACAAGACAAACCUAUUUUCCAGCCAACUUCUUUGGUAACUUCUGUGACUGGUAGUGAGGAUAAAUCUCUUCUUCAUCCUGAAGAAAACCCGAAGUCGCCAGAGAAGAAAGACGAAAAGGUCCUAGCGAAACCAGACGAUAGUUCCAAGUCAGUAUUUGAGACUGUAAAGCCAAGUCCCAAAGAAUAUUCGGACGACGAAUCUGAUUACGAAAUAGAUAUUCCCAAACCACAAGACAAACCUAUUUUCCAGCCAACUUCUUUGGUAACUUCUGUGACUGGUAGUGAGGAUAAGUCUCCUCCUCAUACCGAAGAAAAACCGAAAUCGCAUGAGAUAGAAAACCCGAAGUCGCCUGAGAAGAAAGACGAAAAGGUCCUAGCUAAACCUGACGACAUUUUCAAAUCAGUCAUUGAGACUGUUAAGCCAAGUCCCAAAGAAUAUUUAGACGACGAAUCUGAUGACGAAAUAGAUAUUCUCAAACCACAAGACAAACCUAUUAGUCAGCCAACUUCUUUGGUAACUUCUGUGACUGGUAGUGAGGAUAAAUCUCCUCUUCAUACUGAAGAAAAGGUCCUAGCUAAACCAGACGACAGUUUCAAAUCAGUCAUUAAGACUUUAAAGCCAAGUCCCAAAGAAUAUUCGGACGACGAAUCUGAUAACGAAAUAGAUAUUCCCAAACCACAAGACAAACCUAUUAGCCACCCAAUAUCUUUGGUAACUUCUGUGACUGGUAGUGAGGAUAACUCUCUUCUUCAUACUGAAGAAAACCCGAAGUCGCCUGAGAAGAAAGACGAAAAGGUCCUAGCGAAACCAAACGAUAGUUCCAAGUCAGUACUUGAGACUGUUAAGCCAAGUCCCAAAGAAUAUUCGGACGACGAAUCUGAUGACGAAAUAGAAAUUCCUAAACCGCAAGACAAACCUGUUAGCCAGACAACUUCUUUGGUAACUUCUGUGACUGGUAGUGAGGAUAAGUCUCCUCUUCAUACCGAAGAAAAACCGAAGUCGCCUGAGAAGAAAGACGAAAAGGUCCUAGCGAAACCAGACGACAGUUCCAAGUCCGUAUUUGAGACUGUCAAGCCAAGUCCCAAAGAAUAUUCGGACGACGAAUCUGAUGACGAAAUAGAAAUUCCUAAACCGCAAGACAAACCUGUUAGCCAGACAACUUCUUUGGUAACUUCUGUGACUGGUAGUGAGGAUAAAUAUCCUCUUCAUACUGAAGAAAAGGUCCUAGCUAAACCAGACGACAGUUUCAAAUCAGUCAUUAAGACUGUAAAGCCAAGUCCCAAAGAAUAUUCGGACGACGAAUCUGAUAACGAAAUAGAUAUUCCCAAACCACAAGACAAACCUAUUAGCCACCCAAUAUCUUUGGUAACUUCUGUGACUGGUAGUGAGGAUAAGUCUCCUCUUCAUACCGAAGAAAAACCGAAGUCGCCUGAGAAGAAAGACGAAAAGGUCCUAGCGAAACCAGACGACAGUUCCAAGUCCGUAUUUGAGACUGUCAAGCCAAGUCCCAAAGAAUAUUCGGACGACGAAUCUGAUGACGAAAUAGAUAUACCCAAACCACAAGACAAACCUGUUAGCCAGACAACUUCUUUGGUAACUUCUGUGACUGGUAGUGAGGAUAAAUAUCCUCUUCAUACUGAAGAAAAGGUCCUAGCGAAACCAAACGACAGUUCCAAGUCUGUAUUUGAGACUGUUAAGCCAAGUCCCAAAGAAUAUUCGGACGACGAAUCUGAUGACGAAAUAGAUAUUCCCAAACCACAAGACAAACCUAUUAGCCAACCAACUUCUUUGGUAACUUCUGUAACAGGUAGUGAGGAUAAGUCUCCUCUUCAUACUGAAGAAAAACUUAAGUCGCCUGAGAAGAAAGACGAAAAGAUCCCAGCGAAACCAGACGACAGUUUCAAGUCAGUCAUUGAGACUGUUAAGCCAAGUCCCAAAGAAUAUUCAGACGACGAAUCUGAUGACGAAAUAGAUAUUCCAAAACCACAAGACAAACCUAUUAGCCAGCCAACUUCUUUGGUAACUUCUGUGACUGGUAGGGAGGAUAAGUCUCCUCUUCAUACCGAAGAAAAACCGAAGUCGCCUGAGAAUAAAGACGAAAUGGUCCUAGCGAAACCAGACGAUAGUUCCAAGUCAGUAUUUGAGACUGUUAAGCCAAGUCCCAAAGAAUAUUCGGACGACGAAUCUGAUGACGAAAUAGAUAUUCCCAAACCACAAGACAAACCUAUUAGCCACCCAAUAUCUUUGGUAACUUCUGUGACUGGUAGUGAGGAUAAGUCUCUUCUUCAUCCUGAAGAAAACCCGAAGUCGCCUGAGAAGAAAGACGAAAAGGUCCCAGCGAAACCAGACGACAGUUUCAAGUCAGUCAUUGAGACUGUUAAGCCCAGUCUAGUGGAAUAUUCCGACAAUAAAGGCGAUGCCAAAAUUAAGUGUCCUAAGCCCCAAGAGAAGCCUUUUAGUGAACCAAUUCCAGUAGUGACACCCUUUACUAGUUUACAUGACGUAAUGUCCAAAGAAGUUAUUUCCUUCAAGGCAGCAGAAAGUUCAAAAACAAUUCAAACAAAUAUUAAGUUUGCAAGCAGUACUAUAACAACAGAAGAUACCAAGAUAGUUAUACCGGUUGAUUCGAUAUUAAACUUGAAAGACGAUAACAUCCCAACCUCAGUAGAUGACAAAUCAAUGUCAGUAAAGCCUAUUGUGAACGAGUAUUCGGACGAUGAAAGUGACGAAGAGUGUGGAAUUACUAAACCUAUUUCUGGCGUAUGUCCUAAAAUAAAUACACCCAUUAUGUCAGAGGGAAAUUCAACCCCAGUUCAAACCGAUUCAAAAUCAGCAACCACUUGUGGAACAACUUUAUAUAUUCAGACAUUUAAGCCAAUAGCCGAGUCUAUUGGUCAGAUGACAUUGGAAACUCCUUGUGGGGUAAAGUCAAAUGCAACUAGUGUCAUUGCACAGAAAUGUCAGAAAACCUAUUUAGAUCAUCAUGCGGGCGUUGAUUUGGUUUCUGAUUCUGAAGAAAAUAGGUCUGUGCAACAGAUUGUGGAGGAUACCAUCAGGGCUGGUAAUGCUGAGGUACAAAAAAUUGUAGACGAAACACUCAAAAGUGUUCAGAAAACCAGAAAUAUUAAAGAUCAGGUAGUAGACGAAGGUCGUUCAGUUGAACAAAUAGUUGAAGACACUCUUAAGAAUGCAAAGUUUAUUCCUGAUAUUCCUACAGAAGAUAAACCGUGUAGCCCACAGCUAAAAGAAACUAAUGCACAAGAAGUUCGUCCGGUUGCUUACUUUGUAAAUUUAGACGAUGAACAGAAAUUAAUAGCUCCAGUUAAAAAGGCACCAGUUAGAGCACAAUCGAAAAAAAUAAUUAAGUCAAAAACGGGGAAAAUAUUAGAGGAGACUCCUGCAAAACCGACGAAUAAGUUUACGAUUAGCAAAAGAGCACUCGCGGUUAGGGAAAAGCCUAGUUCCAAACCAGUUUCUUCAGCAAAGACCACUACUACUCUCAAACAAACUCCGACUAAAAAAACAGUAACAAUGGACAAACCAAAACUAUCGAAUAACACCGAAUCACGACGUUCAGUUACAAGCUCUACUUCAACAACCACCAGUUCAGCUUCCGCUACUAGUCGCGUGAUAAGUGAAAUACACUUCGAGAGAUCAUCAAGUCCUGCUUCAAGUUCCAUUUUCUACGAAAGCAAGCCGCAAGGUGAAGGCAGUCGCUCUACCACGCCAAGACCUAGGGUUAAGACAGAUGUCACACGAAUUCCCUACAAUACCUCACCUCGAUCGUUUAGUCCACAGCUGAAGACCACAAGGGCAGGCAAGAAAGUCGUUAACCAAACUAAAACCACUGUCACUCGAUCUACCAAAGAGCUUACAGAAAAAAGUUCCAAAAAGACUGAGCGAACCGUCAGCCAAGAGCACGUUGAGAAGCGGAAAACUCCGACACCGUCUGCCACCCACAGAUACAUGCAACCCACCCUGGCCCACAGCAUGAGGUACGGUUUGAGUGGCGAAGGCAACAUUGGCCAGAGUGUCUCCACGGCACCCCCAAAGUCGCCGGCACCACCCAAAUCGCCAGCUCCGGCCCUAACUAAAAGUACGCGAAAAACACAAACUGUUACAAGUGCCUUGACAAAGUCCACAACCCAAAUAACGAAACCAAAAAACUCGAUUGCUGAGAAGAAAACAGCGCAGCCCCGUUCCCAGAUUAAAAGAGGCUCACAGAGCGAUAGCAAGGAAUCCCUAAUAAAAAGCACCGACCGCCUAUACAAACGACAAACAUCCAAGGAAAAUAAACUAGCAAACGUGAUAGGCUCAAAGAGCCAAGCAACCAAAAGCAUGAAGACACAAUCAGCUAAUUCAGCCAUGAAACUUGUCUACAAAACUUCCAUAGAAACCGACAACAAGCUUCUGACGAAGACCACAGCCACUAUACAGCGCACCAAAGUUCCGAUUAGCGUGUCUUCCAGUGCAAGGACUGCAGCAAAGCUAAGCAAGAGUGAUGACACCGUCAAGAGACCUCAGGUAGACAAUAAGAAACCAAUAAAGCGAACGGUAAGCAAAGUAAGUGAAUCCAGUGGCUCCAUGUCGACCACAGCUUCGACAUCUACGACCAGAACCGUGCAGAGCUCCAUGGAGCCAAAGCUGCAAAAGAAGAUGAAGGACACGAUGAACGAGUCGAGUUCGAACUCGGGUAGCGGCACCACCAGUGCCAGCGGCUCUUCAAAUAGCACGCGACGAAGUGUGCGAUCCGUUAGCACGGCUAGCCGCAAAACGGACAAGGACUUGACCAACAUCCGGCGAGCAAGUGGAGCGGUUGUUUCGACAUCGACCGUACGGGUGCAUCGGGAACCAACAGCAACCACCAGCGCUGUUAGCACCGUGCUCGUUGAUGACGACUGUGAGGUGAUAACCAUACGUUCCAUUAAAUCAAGCGAUAGUACAAAAAGUUCUACCUCAUCAUCCUCCGGUAGCGGCAGCAACAGUCGCAAGGUGCUAACCAGCGAGGUGUUCACUAAAACCUUCGGCCCCGACAAGCCGCUGGAGGUGGUCUAUCGACAGCCAGAGUUUGAUGUAGAACACCACACGAUCAUGUCUGUGCGCCCGCCCUCCACGACAAGCAGCGAUCAGAGAUGCAUUAACGAGUUCGAUGUCAGUUUCAUCGACACCACCGACUCCAGUCUCUCGGACUCUGUUGCCUUACCCAUGUUAGGCUCCGGUGAUCCUGAUCGUCUGCUGGCCGCCAGUCCCGGUUCGCCCAAGCCCACUCGCAGCCCCCUGGCCCUUAUUGAGGAGACCCUGCGCCGCCAGCAACAGCACCACCAUCAUCAUCAGCAACACUACCACCACAGUAGCGGUGCCAUUGCUGCUGCCCUUGAUCCUUCUCUGUCGAUGCCAGUGGCUUUUGGAGAGAGUCAACUGGAGGCGGAGGCAGGGGUGGAGAAGGGCACAACUUUCAAAGAAACCCUUCAGGAAAAAAAAGUAGACCUAUCCAAUCUGGAUACCGCAAAGAUCUCACAUGAAAUUGGUGAUGUUAAAGUUGGUGGUGGUGAUGAUGAUAGUGAUGGCGAUGGCGAUGGCGAUAGCGGAGAUCUUGUUGCACGCAUUCGCGAGGAAGCCAAUAUUCUGGUGGAUCGCGUGCUCGAAGAAAGUGUCGAGAUCAUUGAGAGUCACGGCCAUCAGGCCAAUGGCCAUGAGAUCGCUAAGCUGGACUACAACUCAGAAAGUGAGAAUUAUGCCAUCACAUGCGACGAUAUCAGCGGCGUCGAUGUUAUCAAAUCGCCCACCAUUGAGUCCAUGUCGGGCAAGUCGUUUGACGACAACAUGAGCUUCACCGACGAGCACAUACAUUUACCCUUGCAUGCCCAGAACACGACCACCACCAUGACAACGACAAUUACCACUCAAUUCCAACAGCAGCAGUCCCAGUCUGCUGUCCCAAGUACAUCGGCGGCAAAAGAUCCGGUUCCAGUUCUCGAAUCCGUACCCGUAUCAUUUCCCGUAGAGAUUAGUCGAAGUCAGGCGGAAGACGAGAGUGCAACGAGAGCCAGGCGCAUUGAUCGAAAGAUCGAGAAACUAUCCACGGACAUGGACGAUGUCAGCGCCAGGUUCGAUGAGGCGUUUGAGAUGUCGGUGCCCGAGGACGAGAUCAGCGCCCUGCAGGGCGACUUUUCCAAACUUAGCUGGGAUGAAAGCGUUUCCCCCACGACCAACACCAUGGCCGAUAUGGCACAAAACCAAAUCACUCCCGAUAACGAUAUCCAAGAUCUCAUCGCAGAAACAGGCGGCGAUUUACCAAACUCAAGUGAAACCGAUACCACUCCCGUACCACCGUCGAAAGAAUCGGAAACCAAAACCGAAACUGAGCCGACGGUAGUAACCAAUGCCUUCACUACCACCAGCCACGAUACACCCACACCAAAACCAAGAGUACUCAAAGCAAACUCCCCCGUCUCCGAAGGCACUGAUAGCACCACCAUUCCUGGCCCAGUGCCGAAGCCCGAAAUACCAAUUGAUAUUAGUUUUGAUGCCGCCGCACCGGUUCCAAAACCCCGUGCUCCCAUUAAGCACACGGAACCCUUUGAAAACCUGGCUGCCCUAGCUGAACAGUCUGAUAGCAUUAGUCUGAGAAGCUUUGAGCUUACAGAGGACAUUUCCAAGACGGACGAGCCCUCCACAGAGCUCUCCAUUCGAUCCCAGCUGCGGGACAUAGUCACAACCACCACCACUGCUUCGGAGGAUCACACCGAAAGCUUCGAGCCAACGAGUGAGAUUUCCGUCGAUGAUGCCGAUACUGAAAAAUCAGAGGGUGCCGAAAAGACCACUAGCUUUUAUAUUGGGGAAUCCAGUCGUAAUGUUAUCAUCAAGACAUCAACACGAUCUGCAAGCGUUACACCGCAAGAAGAGGAAGCUCAGGGCGAAAUUGGCAUUGAUGCUAAAGAUAUUUCCCUAAUGAAAGAGGUAUCCGUUGACUCUGACGAAGCCAACGAUGUUUUCAAGGAGUUCAUCACGAUGAAGCCCGAAGAUCCUACUGCAAUGGACAGCAAGAUAACCAGACAAGGCUCGGAAACCCGGAAUGACAUACUCGAAUUUGAGAAUGCUGAUAAGGACAAGACUGCAGAGCAAAAAAUGUCAAAAGUAACGACCGAGGAGAGCUUGACCACAUCCACCGGCUCCAGCGGUCGAGCCAUCAUUGAAAUUGCACCUUCGAGCAGCGAAGAUCCCGAUGAGUCCAGUAAGGAAAUUCCGGAAAUUGUAAAUACAAUCUCUGAGAAGGCAGCCUCAACUGAUAGAUUCGAAUUGCCCUUGGAAAAAAGUGAGUGGGAGACAUCAGAAAAAGAAAUCCCAAUUGCGGGCAAACAAAAAGUAGUUCACUCGCCUCAGCAACCUCAAGAAACCAGCAUGCAGAGUACGCUUGAUAAGGUUCUCGGAGAUGAAAUCCUGGAGGAAGAACACAGCACUGAGGAUAAGGAGCUGAAGGACUUAAUCCAGGAGACCACUUCCCAACUUGAAACGAGUAACAUGCCUCAGGGAUUUUCAUUUGCAGGUGAGAGCGAAGACAUCUCCUCAUUCAUUGGCAUACCCGAAACAAGCAUGCAGACUUCCACUUUGGAUAGUACUCAGCCUCCAGAAGGUCUGUUCGACACCACAAUCAAGGAGACCCUUAAUAAACAAGCGGCAAUGGCACAUUAUGCCCACGAUGUCUUUGGCAGAGGGGAAAGACGUGAUGACCACGGUUCGCUAGGUUUCAUUUCCACCGGCACAGCCGAGGAGUUGAGCUCCAUGGAAGAACAAAUGGCAAAGGAGGAACAAGCCUCAUUGGGCUUUAUUUCAACUGAAACCGCCGAGGAUUUUAGCUCAAUGGAAGAUUAUUAUUCAGAGAAAUUGGCCGUCGCAAGUGUCGUUGGUGAUGAGGUUGCAACCGAAAAAUCAAUUACAACUAGCACUUUUGAAGAGCUCUCGUCUGAUCAAUCCAUGAAGCCAAUUGAUGCUGUGGUUCAUCGACUUAAAACCGAGACAUCGCCAGACUCCAUGAACCGCUGGUCUAUUCCCGAUGUAGACACCUCCAGCUCAAGCGAGAGCUUCCACAGAAGCUUCGACAAGACGCAAAGUCGACCGUUGUCCUCAGACUUGGAUAACCUUCUGACCACCACAGGCACUGGCACCUCAAGUGAGUACCAAACCGCGCGGGAAUUCACCACCACUGGUCGCACAGAGGGCACCGAAUAUAUUAGUGCAGUCAGCACCCUCGGAAGCAGUAGUUUAGAUUCCCAGUCGGAGACUUCGGCCAAUUUGGCCAGCAUUGAUGUGUCCGAGCUGUCGGAGACAUUGGUGGCCUCCUCUGCUGAUGUCGAUGCCUUUGAGGCCGAAGAGAUGUCGCGUCUGGGCGAUCUUCGUGCCGAUGACGAGGACAGUGAUGAGAGUGUAGAGCUGCCAGGAACUGCCUAUCCGACUAGCGAACAGCAGAGCCUCAUGAAGCGCUCCCAGGAAAUGAUAUUUAAGCCAAAGACCCAGGACGAAGAGCCAUUGCCCGUUCAGGAUGUGCAAAUCGAGGAAUAUCCCAAGGCCAAGGAGGCAGAGCGCACCUGGGGCCUGGCCUAUCCCUUGGAGGAUAGCAAGGUGGAUAGUCCGCGGGAGAGUGAAAAGGGCGAGGACAUCCUGUUGUAUCACGCAGAUCCACGUCGGUCCAUUGACGAGUCCAAGCUGGCAUCCAGCCUAGACGAAGGCAGUAUUCUUUCCGUGAGCAUGUCGAGUACAUCCAACAUUGACACCGUUGUAGAGAACUUUGAUGAUAUAAUCGGAUCUGCCGGUUCUUCUUCCUUGACCGGCAUCGAGGGUUUCCAGUACGGCCAUGAUGAGUCUAUUCCAUCUGCCUCGGUGCCCGAAGACGCCACAUUUAUGCUGGAAAUGGAGAGCAAAGAACAUUCACCGCAGGAUUCGAAUGCCAGUACUCCUCCAGGCGGGGAAUCAAAACGCCGGGGUCACAAGCGUAAUGAGAGCAUUUCGGGAGAUGCCCUAAAAAACUUGGACAAGGAGGUUGCAUUACUGGGCGAAGGCAAGGAAUCAGAGAGCGAAUCUGACACGGAUCCAUACGAAUCGGAAUAUGCCCGCCAGUUCCGUUCCCCCAAAGAACGAAAGAGCAAAAAGAAGAAGCAGGCGGCAGCCGAAAUGGAUCACAGUGGCGAAUUGGAAAAGCGUCCAUUUACACCAUCCCAGUUGGUGGCCGAGGUCAUCGUGGAGGACAGUGUCACCGAGGAGCUAGAGGCCGAGGCAGCAAUGAUCGAGGAGCGCCGUCCUUCUCAGAAUAUGCAGGACUAUUCAAACAUACCCGACAUCAUGGUCACGGAAGACAUCAAAUCGCCCAUCCUGGAGGAAGAGACCGACGAGUUCCCCGAGAAGAUGCUCUACAAAGUGCGCACCGAGGAGGAAUUGCACAAGGCGAGCGACACCUCGGUAUAUCAGAAGGCCAAGGCCGAGGAGAAGGAGCAGGACUUUCAACGUCGAGUGCAGGAACAAUAUCGUCAGAAGCUCGAGGAACUGAAGCGCGCUGAAGUAGGAGCUGAAUACGAUGAUCACAAGGCUCCCGAUUCCCCAGACUCCUUUGAAAUGGUCGAACAACCGGAUAUCUCGGAUGAAUUCGUCAUUAUUGAGGAGGUGGCCAAGGAGGCCAACGAAGUAGAUCUCGGCGGUCAGAGCAUUAAGAUUAAACCGAUUAAGUAUGUGCAAAAGCACGACGAAGAUGUUGAGAAGAUCAUCAUCAAGUCAGCGCCUGCGGAUCCCAAGCUCGGAUCACAGCUCUACAAGGACGACCUGAACUUUGAGUUCGAGGAGAGUCCUCCCACUGGAGCCAGCAGUAGUAGCGAGCAGCAGGAGGAGAGCGAUUCCAGUGAAACUGCAGCUGCCAACAAGCGCUGGGUUGAGAUGCAGUUGACCGACAACCAGCUGCGAUAUCCAUAUGACUUAGCCGGAGCCGUGCUGGAGGACAUUAAAGAGGAGGACGGAGAGUUUGAGGUGGGCAGUAGCCGCAUCAGCAGUUUCAAAGACUCCUUCUCAAGCACCCCCGAAUACGAUGUGGCGGCACGACGCUAUCAUUCCCGUGGUGAGCACGACGAUGUCUCAAUGAGUAGUCUACAGGAGUUUGAGUCCCUGGAGCAAGCCAUUUCCCUAGAGAACCGAAAUCGCACGCACCAAGGUUCUACGGAUUCGAGCAAUGGAAGCUUCACCCGCCGAUAUGUGGUUCGUCACAGUGGCAGUGGAACUGCCCCUGGUGACGAUGUAUCGGUCUCCAGUCUGAAGGACUUCGAGGGUCUCGAGAAUGCCUGCAUUGAAGCCCACCUGAUUGAGAUCAAGGCCAGGGAGGAAGCUGCAUUACUUUCGCGCUCAGAUGAGUCAAAUAAAUCAAAUGGCAGCGAAAAAGGAGCCACGAGUAAUGUUGUGGUGACCAAGGUAACGCGCACCGUAACCCGCACCGAAGUGGUGCCCUCCAGUCAAGUAGAGAGCAUCGAAGCCCUGCUUAAGCAGAAGCUGGAGCGGGAGGAAGGAUCCGUUCAAGGCAAAGUCACCGACAUGAGCACCACUGAGUUGGAUAGCAAGUCUAAGAUCGACAGCCAGGAUUCCGAAAAGGAUAGCAUCGAUAGCAUGGAGAUCAGCAAGAGCCACGACAUGAUGACCAGCAGCAUUGAAAGCUUUGACAUCUCCAAGGACGCCACGACAAGAUCGGACAUUGAUUCCCUGGAGAUCGAUAAGCGACACUCGCGCCAGGAGAGCAUAGAAUCAUUCGGCGAUGAGCAGCUGGAUCUUAUGAGCAAGUUCGUUAGCGGCGGUGGAGUGACACUGGGUGAUGGACUGACCACCACCACGACCACGACUACCACCAGCACGGAUGCCGAUGGGCAUGAACAUACGGUGACCAGGGUGAUAACCACUACAACAAAUGUGGCUGGUGGCAUCCAGGAACUUCCAAUGGACGAGGCCGGUAUGUCGAAGGACGUAUCGGUGGAUUCCUUAAACAUGUGCGUGGAGCAAACAACCAGUUCGGCUGGUACAACGGCCACGUACCAGACUAGCGCUGGUAACUCCCAGAUGUCCGGGAGCGUGACCAGCUGUGCAUCCAGCACUCUCAUGGAGGAUUCGUUCCCUGGUGUGGGUGGCAUGUCGUCGUCGCAAAUGUCGGCCAGUUUUUGGUCACACGAUGAGUCCACGGUGGUCGAGGAUGAAGGACGCGAUCUCGCCAAGAAGCCACACCAAGGCCACUAAACGCUGGAUGGGAUUAGGAGAUAGAGAGGCAGAGAGAAAGAGCGAGAGAGUCAGAAGAAAAGAGAUAUAUAAGAGAUGUCACACGUAAUCCUAUAUGAAAAUGGGGCUUGAACGGUGACUUAGAAUAUUUGGCUAGACAAGGCGCCCUUCUAGACGAAGCACUAAUGAAGGAGUUUCUGGAUGAGGAACGCAUCUUUACCGGCUCUGAACAUCACCGAUUUCAAAUCGAACAGCGAGAGGGAUUUAUUAAUUAGCAAAUUUGACAUUUUCCAUCUACACAGACACACACACAUUUUUAAUGAUAUUGAAGUGCAUACACGAGUUUUUAAAGGCAAAUAUAUAUAUUUUAUAUAUUUAUAAAAACUAUAAAAUCGCAAACAUGAAUAUGAAUACGAAUAUGAAUAUGGCAAAAAUUAGCCGUUCAACGCAUUUUCUUAUUGGCUUUAAUGUUUAAAAAUUUAAAUAAAGUUACGGCAGAAACCGAAAAUCUUUGUGCUAGGCGUUGUAAUGGAAUACACCUUUGCUUUUAAUUUGAUGUAGUUAUUAUAUAUGUACAUGUACGAAGGAAACUUAUUAUUAAAUGAAUCGCUUAUUAUUGUAGUUUAAUUUAAGCAAUUAUACAAACGCAUGUGAAAAAGGGGACGCAAUGAAAUAGUUGAAGCGUGGCAAGUGAAAUGCUUUUAAAGUCUCAUUUUUUUUACCAGAACCAAGCAAAUUUUUUCGCUUGCAUAUUUUAACAGUGAAAUAUACAUAAAUAUACAAUCUGAAAAAGAAUGCAUAGAUCAAAUUUAAACCAUAUACAAACAAGAUAUGAACUUAAUUCACAUAGAAAUACCAAAAAAAAAACAGCCAUUAAGUGUAUCGCUAAUUUUCGUAAUGCACAUCUUGCGUGAACGAGUAUUUGUCAAAGAACCUAAUUAUUGAAAGGAUUUAAUCGUUUUAGCAUCACCACUGUAAUGGAAUAUGAAUAAAAAAAAUAAUAUUUGUGUUAAAAACAUACAAGAAAUAUUGAAUGAAAAAGAAAAACAUUAUUGUAUUGUAAACCCACACGCGUAUGAAUAACCAAAUAAAAUGCUUAAUACAAA